AUGGAGCGGGCCAGGGACCAUUUACACCUGAGAUGGACCACAGAACAGCACGUACCAGAGGUAGAAGUCCAAGUCAAACGGAGAAGAACAGCCUCACUGAACAACCAGGAGUGUCACCUGUACCCAAGGCGAUCUCAGCAGCAGCAGCAGCAGCAAGUACCUGUGGUGGAUUUCCAGGUGGAACUGAGACAGGCAUUCUUAGCUGAGACACCAAGAGGUGGUUAA